GCUCUAUGGCGCUGGGCGAGCGGGGACAACAAGGAAAUGGCGGCGUGACUGUCACAGGGCCGAGUGACUGAAGGCUGGAGGCGGACCUCUGGCCGCGAUGGACGGGCUGUGGCACGACCUGCACACCACUUACAGGAAAGACUACGUGCGGUGGCGCGUCGACAGGGUGCAGCCCUUGAAGCCGGCCGACACCGGGGACGCGCUGUCUUCGGCAUUCAAGAGGUACCUGGUGUCGCACGACGCGCUGUGCCAAGCUCCACCCCCUGUUGACCCUCACUUGGAGCACCCCGGCACCUUCCUGGACAGGGUGCGGGGGCAGCUGCCGUGGCUGGACUCGCGCCUCGGAACGGAGCCCCAGGAGUGCCUGGUGCGGCUGCAGGAGCUGCCAGGGGUGUCCACUUACGUGGGCGACUUCUGCGGGGGAGAGCGCGCUCCUAAACCGGGGCGGGUGUCCUUGCCGGAGGGAUGGAAGGUGCCUGCCACGACCUACCAGGCCGGCUACAGACUGCAUAGCCGCACCUUCCCCUCCGCUCUGCAGAGACAACAAGGAAGCCUGGGGCCAAACAACGCGGUGCGGCAGCUACUGAGCGUGCGCACAGGCGACUCGGAGUACGAGGCGGGCAUCAGCGCUACUGGCAGGCUCGUCAUGGAUGACCAACUGCACGGCCCACCAUAGACACUCGGUCAACCUUUUGACCCCAGCUCGUCCUGCUGACAAAAUCAGUGUUGGUGAAAUAUUUUAAAUAAAAAAUAUGUUAAAUAUUUGUGAAUUUUGCCCGAUUUUAAAUACACUACAGUAUAAUAUAGAGCUACAAAUUAUUUUUUUUCAAAACUGCUGUAAGUAGCAAAACAGAGAAUGUUCCCUUACCAGAAGGUCUUGUCAACAGUUAUUUUUUUUUCAUGUUGGUGGUUUAUCAUAAAUAUUUACUGUUCAUGAAA